CGCACUUGGCUGGUGCGAGAGGAGCUAGGGGUGGGCGGGCUGCUCGCCUGGCAUUGGCGCUCUGCAGUGCAGUCAAGUGUUAGCCCAGCUCCCUAUAUGGUCGGGGAUUAGCUAGGCGCUGCUGAGGCUGAGCAAGAAGCGGGAGGAGGAGGACGACGAGGAGGAGAAAGAGCAACGGCAGAGUGGCAGUCAGCGCACGCCGCUGCCUGGGGGAAACAGAGGCGCCCGAAGCUGGGGCGCCGCGCACGCCCCGAGAGCCAUGGCCGAAGCGGGAGAAGGAGGCGAGGAUGAGAUCCAGUUUCUGCGGACUGAGGAUGAAGUGGUACUCCAGUGCAUAGCAAACAUUCAUAAGGAACAGCGGAAGUUCUGCCUGGCAGCUGAGGGACUUGGGAACCGCCUGUGCUUCUUGGAACCCACCUCAGAAGCCAAGUACAUUCCUCCAGAUCUCUGUGUCUGCAAUUUCGUGCUGGAACAGUCCUUAUCUGUCAGAGCACUACAGGAAAUGCUUGCGAACACCAUUGAAAAUGGCGGAGAAGGGGCAGCACAAGGGGGUGGCCACAGGACCCUGCUCUAUGGCCAUGCAAUUCUCCUGCGGCACUCUUUCAGUGGAAUGUAUCUAACAUGCUUGACCACAUCAAGAUCCCAGACUGAUAAACUUGCCUUUGAUGUAGGUCUGCGGGAACAUGCCACAGGAGAAGCCUGUUGGUGGACCAUACAUCCUGCUUCCAAACAGAGAUCUGAAGGAGAGAAAGUACGGAUUGGAGAUGACCUUAUCCUCGUCAGUGUGUCCUCUGAAAGAUACCUUCAUCUCUCGAUAUCAAAUGGUAGCAUCCAAGUGGAUGCCUCCUUUAUGCAAACACUCUGGAAUGUACAUCCUACGUGUUCGGGAAGUAGCAUCGAAGAAGGAUACCUACUUGGUGGGCAUGUAGUCCGCCUUUUCCAUGGUCAUGAUGAGUGUUUGACAAUACCAUCUACAGACCAGAAUGAUUCUCAACACAGGAGGGUGUUCUACGAAGCUGGAGGAGCUGGGACCAGAGCCAGGUCUCUAUGGAGAGUGGAACCCCUUCGGAUAAGCUGGAGUGGCAGUAACAUCAGGUGGGGCCAGGCCUUCCGCCUCCGGCAUCUCACCACAGGCCACUACCUGGCCUUGACAGAGGACCAAGGCCUUCUUCUACAAGAUCGGGGAAAAUCGGACACCAAGUCCACAGCCUUCUCCUUCCGCGCAUCAAAGGAAAUCAAGGAGAAGUUGGAUUCCAGUCACAAGAGAGACACAGAAGGCAUGGGAGUCCCAGAGAUUAAGUAUGGAGACUCUAUCUGCUUUGUCCAACAUUUGGCCAGUGGCCUUUGGGUCACCUACAAAGCACAAGAUGCCAAAACGUCCCGCCUGGGACCCCUGAAAAGAAAGGUCAUACUCCAUCAGGAAGGCCACAUGGAUGACGGAUUAACAUUGCAGAGGUGCCAGCGGGAGGAGUCCCAGGCUGCUCGCAUCAUCCGGAACACAACAGCCUUAUUCAGCCAGUUUGUCAGUGGAAACAAUCGCACAACUGCCCCUGUCACCUUGCCUAUAGAAGAGGUCCUGCAGACCCUACAGGACUUGAUUGCCUACUUCCAGCCACCAGAGGAGGAGAUGCAACAUGAAGACAAACAGAAUAAGCUCCGUUCUCUCAAAAACAGACAGAAUCUUUUCAAGGAGGAGGGAAUGUUGGCCCUGGUACUGAACUGCAUCGAUCGCUUAAAUAUCUACAAUAGCGUAGCACACUUUGCAGGGAUCGCAAGGGAAGAGAGUGGCACGGCUUGGAAAGAAAUCCUGAACCUGCUCUACAAAUUGCUAGCUGCUCUCAUUCGUGGAAAUAGAAACAACUGUGCUCAAUUCUCCAAUAACCUUGACUGGUUAAUUAGUAAAUUGGACAGACUAGAAUCUUCCUCAGGUAUCUUGGAGGUCUUGCACUGCAUCUUGACUGAAAGCCCAGAAGCCUUAAACCUGAUAGCAGAGGGUCACAUCAAGUCCAUCAUCUCCCUCCUGGAUAAGCAUGGCCGGAAUCACAAGGUUCUCGAUGUCCUGUGUUCCCUCUGUCUCUGCAAUGGGGUCGCGGUAAGAGCCAACCAGAAUCUGAUCUGUGACAACCUACUACCCCGGAGGAACCUGCUGCUGCAGACACGGCUAAUUAAUGAUGUCACCAGUAUCCGGCCAAACAUCUUCCUGGGAGUUGCUGAAGGCUCACCACAGUACAAGAAGUGGUACUUUGAGUUAAUUAUCGACCAGGUGGAACCUUUCCUAACAGCAGAGCCCACACAUCUCCGAGUGGGCUGGGCCUCCUCCUCAGGCUAUGCCCCAUACCCUGGAGGUGGAGAAGGAUGGGGAGGCAAUGGCGUCGGUGAUGACCUCUACUCCUAUGGCUUUGAUGGACUUCAUCUUUGGUCAGGCCGGAUACCCAGAGCUGUGGCCUCCAUCAACCAGCAUUUGCUGAAGUCAGAUGAUGUGGUGAGUUGCUGCCUUGACCUUGGAGUGCCUAGCAUUUCUUUCCGAAUCAAUGGACAACCUGUGCAGGGGAUGUUUGAGAAUUUCAACACAGACGGACUCUUCUUCCCUGUGAUGAGCUUUUCAGCUGGUGUCAAAGUACGCUUCCUGAUGGGUGGUCGGCAUGGAGAAUUUAAGUUCCUGCCUCCCUCUGGCUAUGCCCCUUGCUAUGAAGCCUUACUUCCAAAGGAGAAGAUGAGAUUGGAGCCUGUCAAAGAAUAUAAACGUGAUGCUGAUGGUGUUAGGGAUCUGUUGGGUACCACUCAGUUCCUCUCCCAGGCCUCUUUCAUCCCUUGCCCCAUAGACACCAGUCAGGUUGUUUUGCCACUUCACCUAGAGAAGAUCCGAGACAGACUGGCUGAAAACAUCCACGAGCUUUGGGGAAUGAAUAAAAUAGAACUCGGCUGGACGUUUGGUAAGAUACGGGAUGACAACAAAAGACAACACCCCUGCCUUGUAGAGUUUUCAAAGCUCCCUGAAACUGAGAAGAAUUACAACCUGCAAAUGUCAACCGAAACCUUGAAAACCCUGCUGGCCCUGGGAUGUCACAUUGCUCAUGUUAACCCAGCUGCUGAAGAGGAUCUAAAAAGAGUCAAACUGCCCAAAAACUAUAUGAUGUCCAAUGGGUAUAAGCCAGCCCCUUUGGAUUUAUCUGAUGUUAAGCUGUUACCACCUCAAGAACUUUUAGUGGAUAAACUUGCAGAAAAUGCACACAAUGUUUGGGCAAAGGACAGAAUAAAACAAGGAUGGACCUAUGGCAUUCAACAGGAUUUGAAGAACAAAAGAAAUCCCCGUCUGGUGCCUUAUGUAUUACUGGAUGAGCGUACCAAGAAAUCGAAUAGGGACAGCCUGCGUGAAGCUGUAAGGACAUUUGUUGGUUAUGGAUAUAACAUUGAGCCAUCAGACCAAGAACUAGUAGCUGACCCUACAGUUGAGAAGGUCAGCAUAGACAAGAUUCGAUUUUUCCGGGUAGAGCGGUCAUAUGCAGUAAAGUCUGGAAAGUGGUACUUUGAAUUUGAAGUGGUAACUGGAGGAGACAUGCGUGUUGGCUGGGCCAGGCCAGGUUGUCGUCCUGACAUUGAACUGGGUGCUGAUGACCAAGCCUUCGUGUUUGAAGGCAGCAGGGGUCAGCGUUGGCAUCAAGGUAGUGGGUACUUUGGACGAACUUGGCAGCCAGGAGAUGUGGUCGGGUGUAUGAUUAACCUGGAUGAUGCUUCCAUGAUCUUCACACUGAAUGGGGAACUGCUGAUUACCAACAAAGGCUCUGAACUUGCCUUUGCUGACUAUGAAAUUGAGAAUGGUUUUGUACCCAUUUGCUCUCUGGGGCUGUCACAGAUUGGCCGUAUGAAUCUUGGGACAGAUGCCAGUACCUUCAAGUUUUAUACUAUGUGUGGCCUUCAGGAGGGCUUUGAGCCUUUUGCGGUGAAUAUGAACCGAGACGUUGCCGUGUGGUUCAGCAAGCGCCUCCCAACAUUUGUGAACGUGCCGAAGGAUCAUCCCCACAUAGAGGUUGUAAGGAUUGAUGGCACCAUGGACAGCCCCCCAUGCCUCAAGGUGACCCACAAGACAUUUGGCACACAGAACAGCAAUGCCAGCAUGAUCUACUGCCGCCUGAGCAUGCCUGUCGAAUGCCACUCCUCUUUCAGCCACAGCCCCUGUCUAGACAGUGAAGCCUUCCAGAAAAGGAAACAGAUGCAAGAAAUACUCUCUCACACAACAACACAAUGCUACUAUGCUAUCCGCAUUUUUGCUGGGCAGGACCCAUCAUGUGUCUGGGUUGGAUGGGUGACUCCUGACUACCAUUUAUACAGUGAAAAGUUUGACCUGAAUAAAAACUGCACUGUGACUGUCACUCUGGGAGAUGAAAGAGGUCGGGUCCAUGAAAGUGUGAAACGCAGCAACUGCUACAUGGUCUGGGGUGGGGACAUUGUAGCUAGUUCCCAAAGAUCAAGUCGAAGCAAUGUAGACCUGGAGAUUGGCUGCCUUGUAGAUCUGUCAAUGGGCAUGUUGUCCUUCUCAGCUAACGGGAAGGAACUUGGCACCUGCUAUCAGGUGGAGCCUAACACCAAAGUAUUCCCAGCAGUCUUCCUCCAGCCUACAAGCACUUCUUUGUUUCAGUUUGAACUUGGAAAACUGAAGAAUGCAAUGCCCUUGUCAGCAGCCAUAUUUAAGAGUGAAGAGAAGAACCCCAUCCCACAGUGUCCACCUCGGCUGGAUGUCCAAACCAUCCAGCCUGUGCUAUGGAGUCGCAUGCCCAGCAGCUUCCUCAAGGUGGAGACAGAGAGGGUGAGCGAGCGCCAUGGCUGGGUGGUGCAGUGCCUAGAACCCCUGCAAAUGAUGGCACUCCACAUCCCAGAGGAGAACAGGUGUGUGGACAUCCUUGAGCUCUGUGAGCAGGAGGACCUGAUGCAGUUCCAUUACCACACACUGAGACUUUACAGUGCCGUGUGUGCCCUGGGAAAUAGCCGAGUUGCCUAUGCCCUGUGCAGCCAUGUGGACCUCUCACAGCUCUUCUAUGCCAUUGACAACAAGUACUUGCCUGGCCUCCUUCGAUCUGGUUUCUAUGACCUGCUCAUUAGUAUCCACCUGGCCAACGCUAAGGAGAGGAAGCUGAUGAUGAAGAAUGAGUACAUCAUCCCCAUCACCAGCACCACCAGGAAUAUCCGCCUAUACCCAGAUGAGUCCAAGAGGCAUGGGCUGCCCGGGGUGGGCCUGAGGACAUGCCUUAAGCCAGGCUUCAGGUUCUCUACUCCUUGCUUCGUGGUGACUCAUGAGGAGCAUCAGAAGCAGAGCCCUGAGAUCCCAUUGGAGAUUCUCAAGACAAAGGCUCUGAGCAUGCUGACAGAGGCUGUGCAUUGCAGUGGGGCCCAUAUCCGAGACCCCGUGGGCGGUUCUGUGGAGUUCCAGUUUGUACCUGUGCUGAAACUCAUUGGAACCCUGCUCGUCAUGGGCGUUUUUGAUGAUGAUGAUGUUCGCCAGAUUCUCCUCUUGAUUGAUCCCUCUGUGUUUGGGGAGCACAGUGGGGAGACAGAGGAGGGAGCAGAAAAAGAAGUGACCCAAGUAGAGGAAAAGGCAGUGGAGGCUGGAGAAAAGGCCAGCAAGGAGGCUCCAGUCAAAGGCUUGUUGCAGACCCGACUACCUGAGUCUGUCAAGCUGCAGAUGUGUGAACUCCUCAGCUACCUCUGUGACUGUGAAUUGCAACAUCGAGUAGAGGCUAUUGUGGCAUUUGGUGACAUUUAUGUGUCUAAGCUUCAGGCAAAUCAGAAGUUCCGCUACAAUGAGCUCAUGCAGGCUCUGAACAUGUCUGCAGCCCUUACUGCCCGGAAGACAAGGGAGUUCCGUUCACCUCCCCAGGAGCAGAUCAACAUGCUCCUCAACUUUCACCUGGGAGAGAAUUGCCCCUGCCCAGAGGAGAUUCGCGAGGAGCUGUAUGACUUCCAUGAGGACCUUCUGGUUCACUGUGGGGUUCCCUUGGAGGAAGAAGAGGAGGAGGAGGAGGACACUUCCUGGACAGGAAAACUGCGUGCUUUGGUGUAUAAAAUCAAGGGCCCACCUAAGCCAGAAAAGGAGCAACCAACAGAAGAAGAGGAACGGUAUCCUACAACACUGAAGGAACUAGUCUCACAGACAAUGAUCCGCUGGGCCCAGGAGAACCAAAUCCAGGAUGCAGAGUUGGUGAGAAUUAUGUUCAACCUCCUCAGAAGACAAUAUGACAGCAUUGGGGAGCUGCUACAGGCCCUGCGGAAGACCUACACCAUCAGCCAGGCCUCUGUGAGCGACACCAUCAACCUGCUGGCUGCCCUGGGCCAGAUUCGAUCCCUUCUGAGUGUCAGGAUGGGCAAGGAAGAGGAGCUUCUCAUGAUCAACGGGCUAGGGGACAUAAUGAACAACAAGGUGUUUUACCAGCACCCCAACCUUAUGCGAGUCCUUGGCAUGCAUGAGACAGUGAUGGAGGUGAUGGUGAACGUAUUGGGUACAGAGAAAUCACAGAUUGCCUUCCCAAAAAUGGUUGCUAGCUGCUGUCGCUUCCUCUGCUAUUUCUGUCGAAUUAGCAGGCAAAAUCAGAAGGCCAUGUUCGAGCAUCUAAGUUACCUGCUGGAGAACAGCAGUGUGGGCCUAGCUUCCCCAUCGAUGAGGGGGUCCACCCCACUGGAUGUGGCAGCCUCCUCUGUGAUGGACAACAACGAGUUAGCCCUGGGUUUAGAAGAACCGGAUCUUGAGAAGGUGGUAACCUACUUGGCAGGUUGUGGCCUUCAGAGCUGUCCCAUGCUUCUGGCCAAAGGAUACCCUGAUGUUGGCUGGAACCCCAUUGAGGGGGAACGCUACCUGUCCUUCCUGAGGUUUGCCGUCUUCGUGAACAGUGAAAGUGUGGAGGAAAAUGCCAGUGUUGUGGUCAAGCUGCUCAUCAGACGUCCUGAGUGCUUUGGGCCAGCGCUGAGGGGUGAAGGAGGAAAUGGACUGCUAGCCGCCAUGCAGGGCGCCAUUAAGAUCUCAGAGAACCCUGCACUCGACCUCCCCUCCCAAGGUUACAAGACGGAAGUCUCAGAGGACGAUGAGGAGGAGGAAGAGACUGUGCACAUGGGCAAUGCAAUUAUGUCAUUUUACUCAGCUCUCAUCGAUCUACUGGGCCGCUGUGCUCCUGAGAUGCACCUCAUUCAAACAGGAAAAGGGGAAGCCAUCCGGAUUCGGUCCAUCCUGCGCUCUCUGGUCCCCACAGAAGACCUGGUUGGGAUCAUCAGCAUUCCCCUGAAACUGCCCUCCCUGAACAAAGAUGGAUCAGUCAGUGAGCCAGACAUGGCAGCCAACUUCUGUCCUGACCACAAGGCACCCAUGGUGCUCUUCUUGGACCGUGUUUAUGGAAUUAAAGACCAAACCUUCCUGCUCCACUUGCUGGAAGUUGGGUUUUUACCUGACUUGCGAGCAUCUGCAUCUCUAGAUACAGUGUCCCUCAGCACCACCGAGGCUGCGUUGGCACUGAACAGGUACAUAUGUUCGGCUGUGCUCCCACUGCUUACCAGGUGCUCCCCUCUCUUUUCUGGGACAGAGCACUGCACCUCUCUGAUUGAUUCUACACUGCAGACAAUAUACAGGCUUUCCAAAGGACGCUCCCUCACCAAGGCACAGAGGGACACAAUAGAAGAAUGUUUACUUGCCAUUUGCAAUCACUUGAGACCUUCCAUGUUACAGCAACUCCUACGACGUCUGGUUUUUGAUGUGCCACAGCUCAGCGAGUACAGCAAAAUGCCUCUUAAGCUUCUGACCAAUCACUAUGAGCAGUGCUGGAAGUAUUACUGCCUGCCUUCAGGAUGGGGGAGCUAUGGGCUGGCCGUGGAGGAGGAGCUGCACCUCACUGAGAAGCUCUUCUGGGGAAUUUUUGACUCCCUUUCCCACAAGAAGUAUGACCUGGAUCUUUUCCGAAUGGCCCUGCCUUGUCUCAGUGCUAUUGCUGGGGCCUUGCCACCAGACUAUUUAGAUACAAGAAUCACUGCCACAUUGGAAAAACAGGUCUCCAUAGAUGCGGAUGGGAACUUUGACCCCAAACCUAUUAACACCAUGAAUUUUUCCUUGCCUGAAAAAUUGGAAUACAUUGUCACCAAGUAUGCUGAGCAUUCUCAUGAUAAAUGGGCCUGUGACAAGAGCCACAGUGGAUGGAAAUAUGGGAUUUCCCUGGAUGAAAACGUGAAGACCCACCCACUGAUACGGCCCUUCAAGACAUUAACAGAGAAGGAGAAGGAAAUUUAUCGCUGGCCUGCCAGAGAAUCCCUGAAAACCAUGCUUGCUGUGGGCUGGACUGUGGAAAGGACUAAAGAAGGAGAAGCUUUGGUUCAACAAAGAGAGAAUGAGAAACUUCGAUGUAUGCCCCAGACCAAUCAGGGCAACAGCUACAGCCCUGCCCCGCUGGAUCUCUCAAAUGUUGUGCUGUCCAGGGAGCUCCAGGGAAUGGUGGAGGUGGUGGCCGAGAACUACCAUAACAUCUGGGCCAAGAAGAAGAAGUUGGAGCUAGAGAGCAAAGGUGGUGGCAGUCACCCUCUUUUGGUACCAUAUGACACCUUGACUGCCAAGGAAAAGUUCAGGGAUCGAGAAAAGGCACAGGACCUGUUCAAAUUCCUCCAGGUGAAUGGCAUUAUAGUUUCCAGAGGGAUGAAGGACAUGGAGCUGGAUGCUUCCUCCAUGGAAAAGAGAUUUGCCUACAAGUUUUUGAAGAAGAUCCUGAAAUAUGUUGACUCUGCUCAAGAGUUUAUUGCUCACUUGGAAGCUAUUGUCAGCAGUGGGAAAACAGAAAAGUCUCCCCAUGACCAGGAGAUCAAAUUCUUUGCCAAAGUUCUCCUCCCACUGGUUGACCAGUACUUCACCAACCACCGUCUUUACUUCCUGUCAUCUCCUCUGAAGCCACUUAGCAGCAGCGGGUAUGCCUCCCACAAGGAGAAAGAAAUGGUAGCCAGCCUGUUCUGCAAGCUGGCUGCUCUCGUGAGACACAGGAUCUCCCUCUUUGGGAGUGAUUCAACUACAAUGGUGAGCUGUCUUCACAUCUUAGCUCAGACCCUUGACACAAGGACCGUCAUGAAGUCAGGCUCAGAGCUGGUGAAAGCUGGGUUGCGCUCUUUCUUUGAAAAUGCAGCGGAAGACUUGGAAAAGACUUCAGAAAACCUGAAGCUGGGGAAGUUUACCCAUUCCAGAACGCAGAUCAAAGGUGUUUCUCAGAAUAUUAACUACACCACAGUGGCUCUGCUUCCCAUCCUGACAUCCAUCUUUGAGCACAUCGCUCAGCAUCAGUUUGGGGUGGAUCUACUCUUGAGUGACGUGCAGAUUUCAUGCUACCACAUUCUGUGCAGCCUCUAUUCCCUUGGGACUGGGAAAAACAUCUAUGUUGAAAGGCAACGUCCCGCUCUUGGAGAAUGUCUGGCUUCCCUGGCAGCUGCCAUCCCAGUGGCAUUCCUGGAGCCCAGCCUUAAUCGCUAUAAUCCCCUCUCAGUCUUCAACACCAAGACUCCCAGGGAACGGUCUAUUCUGGGGAUGCCAGACAAGGUGGAAGAGAUGUGUCCUGACAUGCCCCAGCUGGAAGGCCUGAUGAAGGAAAUCAAUAGGUUGGCCGAGUCAGGUGCCCGCUAUACGGAGAUGCCCCAUGUCAUUGAAGUGAUCUUGCCCAUGCUCUGCAACUACCUGUCUUACUGGUGGGAGCGGGGACCUGAGAACCUGACCCCCAGCACAGGGCCCUGCUGCACCAAGGUCACCUCCGAACACCUCAGCCUCAUCCUGGGCAACAUCCUGAAAAUCAUCAACAACAACCUAGGCAUUGAUGAGGCCUCCUGGAUGAAGCGUAUCGCAGUGUAUGCGCAGCCCAUCAUCAGCAAAGCCAGGCCUGAUCUGCUGAAAAGCCACUUCAUCCCCACCCUGGAGAAGCUCAAGAAGAAGGCCGUCAAGACGGUGCAGGAGGAGGAGCAGCUGAAGACUGAUGUCAAGGGGGACACCCAGGAGGCUGAGCUCCUCAUCCUAGACGAGUUUGCGAUCCUCUGCCGGGACCUCUAUGCCUUCUACCCCAUGCUCAUCCGCUAUGUGGACAACAACAGAUCUAACUGGCUUAAAAGCCCGGACUCUGAUUCUGACCAGCUCUUCCGCAUGGUGGCCGAGGUCUUCAUUCUGUGGUGUAAAUCUCAUAACUUCAAGAGGGAAGAGCAAAAUUUUGUGAUUCAAAAUGAAAUUAAUAACUUGGCAUUUUUAACUGGAGACAGCAAAAGCAAGAUGUCAAAAGCCAUGCAAGUAAAGUCUGGAGGACAGGACCAGGAACGGAAGAAGACAAAGAGGCGAGGAGACUUGUACUCCAUCCAGACCUCCCUCAUCGUGGCUGCGCUCAAGAAAAUGCUGCCCAUUGGUCUGAACAUGUGUACACCAGGCGACCAGGAACUCAUCUCUCUUGCAAAAUCUCGAUACAGCUGUAGGGACACUGAUGAAGAGGUCAAGGAACAUCUGCGGAAUAACCUACAUCUGCAGGAAAAGUCAGAUGAUCCAGCUGUGAAAUGGCAACUGAACCUCUACAAAGAUGUUCUGAGGAAUGAAGAACCUUCCAAUCCAGAAAAGACAGUGGAGCGUGUGCAGAGGAUCUCAGCAGCUCUCUUCCACCUAGAGCAGGUGGAACAGCCUUUGAGGUCCAAAAAGGCUGUAUGGCACAAAUUGUUGUCAAAGCAACGGAAACGGGCAGUGGUGGCCUGUUUCAGGAUGGCUCCUCUCUACAAUUUGCCCAGGCACCGCUCUAUUAACCUCUUCCUCCAUGGCUAUCAGAGAUUUUGGAUAGAAACAGAGGCGUAUUCCUUUGAAGAGAAACUAGUACAGGAUUUGGCUAAAUCUCCCAAGGUUGAAGAGGAGGAAGAGGAAGAGACAGAAAAGCAGCCUGAUCCACUUCAUCAAAUCAUUCUACACUUUAGCCGCAAUGCACUGACGGAGAGGAGCAAAUUGGAAGAUGACCCUUUGUAUACCUCCUAUUCCAGCAUGAUGGCCAAGAGUUGUCAGAGUGGUGAGGAUGAAGAGGAUGAGGAAGACAAGGAAAAAACAUUUGAAGAGAAGGAGAUGGAGAAGCAGAAAACACUGUAUCAGCAAGCGCGCUUGCACGAGCGUGGUGCCGCAGAGAUGGUCCUUCAGAUGAUAAGUGCCAGUAAAGGUGAGAUGAGCCCCAUGGUGGUUGAGACGCUGAAGCUGGGGAUUGCCAUUCUGAAUGGAGGCAAUGCUGGUGUGCAGCAGAAAAUGCUAGAUUACUUAAAAGAGAAAAAAGAUGCUGGAUUCUUUCAAAGCCUUUCUGGUCUCAUGCAAUCUUGCAGCGUCCUUGAUUUGAAUGCAUUUGAGAGGCAGAAUAAAGCUGAAGGCCUGGGAAUGGUUACAGAAGAGGGAACACUCAUUGUUCGUGAGCGUGGUGAAAAGGUACUCCAGAAUGAUGAGUUCACACAGGAUCUCUUUAGAUUCCUUCAGUUGCUUUGUGAAGGACAUAACAGUGACUUUCAGAACUUCCUGAGGACUCAGAUGGGCAACACCACCACUGUGAACAUCAUAAUCAGCACUGUGGACUACCUUCUGCGUCUGCAGGAAUCAAUCAGCGAUUUCUAUUGGUACUAUUCAGGAAAGGACAUCAUUGAUGAAUCUGGACAGCACAAUUUCUCUAAAGCUCUGGCAGUCACCAAGCAGAUUUUUAAUUCUCUUACAGAGUACAUCCAGGGCCCUUGCAUCGGGAACCAGCAGAGCCUGGCUCACAGUAGGCUGUGGGAUGCAGUAGUUGGAUUCCUCCAUGUAUUUGCUAACAUGCAGAUGAAGCUCUCUCAGGAUUCCAGUCAGAUCGAGCUGCUGAAGGAACUCUUGGAUCUCCUUCAGGACAUGGUGGUGAUGCUUCUGUCCCUACUGGAAGGAAAUGUGGUAAACGGAACUAUUGGAAAGCAGAUGGUUGACACACUGGUAGAAUCUUCUACUAAUGUAGAGAUGAUCUUGAAAUUCUUUGACAUGUUCUUGAAACUUAAAGACUUAACCAGCUCAGACACCUUCAAAGAAUAUGACCCGGAUGGUAAAGGGAUCAUCUCCAGAAAAGAAUUCCAGAAGGCCAUGGAAGGUCUAAAGCAAUAUACACAGUCAGAGAUUGACUUUCUCCUUUCAUGUACAGAAGCUGAUGAGAAUGACAUGUUUAAUUAUGUUGAUUUUGUGGAGAGGUUCCAUGAGCCAGCCAAGGACAUAGGCUUCAAUGUGGCAGUGUUACUGACAAAUCUCUCUGAACACAUGCCAAACGAUUCUCGCCUGAAGUGUCUACUGGACCCAGCAGAAAGUGUGCUAAACUACUUUGAACCAUACCUGGGUCGAAUCGAGAUCAUGGGUGGGGCCAAGAAAAUUGAGCGUGUUUAUUUUGAGAUCAGUGAAUCCAGUCGAACUCAGUGGGAGAAGCCUCAAGUGAAGGAAUCCAAGCGGCAGUUCAUCUUUGAUGUCGUCAAUGAAGGCGGGGAGCAAGAGAAGAUGGAGCUGUUUGUGAACUUCUGUGAGGACACCAUCUUUGAGAUGCAGUUAGCAUCGCAGAUCUCAGAAUCUGACUCAGCUGACAGACUGGAAGAGGAAGAGGAAGAGGGUGAAGAUUCUGCUUAUGCGAUAGAAAUGGAGGGGGAGGAGGAGGAAGAGAAGACUUUUGAGUCAGCCUCUGCCUUUGCGGUGGCCUGUGCCUCAGUAAAGAGAAACAUCACCACCUUUCUGAGGAGGGCAACCCUGAAGAACCUCAGGAAGCAGUACAGGAAUGUGAAGAAGAUGAGUGCGAAGGAGCUGGUGAAGGUGUUCUUCUCUUUCUUCUGGACACUGUUUGUGGGCCUCCUUCACUUGCUCUUCUCUGUCUUGGGAGGGAUCUUCCAGAUCCUCUGGAACACAGUGUUUGGAGGGGGGCUUGUGGAAGGGGCAAAGAACAUCAGAGUGACCAAGAUCCUAGGCGACAUGCCUGAUCCUACCCAGUUUGGCAUCCAUGAUGAUGCAGUGGAGGCUGACAGGGCAGAAGUGAUUGAGCCGGGUGUCACCGCUGAGCUGGUCCACUUUGUAAAGGGUGAGCCAGGAGAUACAGAUAUUAUGUCAGACCUCUUUGGAAUCCACUCAAAGAAAGAAAGUGGCUUAAAACAAGGGCCUGAAGUGGGAUUGGGUGACCUCUCUGAAAUCAUCGGCAAGGAUGAACCCCCUACAUUAGAGAGUACUGUGCGGAAGAAAAGGAAAGCACAGGCAGCAGAGAUGAAAGCAGUGCGUGAAGUAGAAGGAAAGGCUGAAUGGGAGAAGGCUGACAUGGAAGACAGAGAAAAGGAGGACAAAUUCAAGGAGGAGGGACAAGCUGAGUACCUGUGGGCAGAAAUGACCGCGAAGAAGACACGACGGCGUGGCCAGAAGGCUGACAAGCCGGAAGCCUUCAUGGCCAAUUUCUUCAAAGGCUUGGAAAUCUAUCAGACUAAGUUACUGCACUACCUGGCCAGGAAUUUCUACAACCUGAGGUUCCUUGCUCUGUUUGUAGCCUUCGCUAUCAACUUCAUCCUGCUUUUUUAUAAGGUCACUGAAGAACCUUUAGAGGAGGAGACGGAGGAUGUUGCAAACCUGUGGAACUCCUUUAAUGAUGAUGAUGAGGAAGAAGCGAUGGUGUUCUUUGUUCUUCAGGAGAGCACGGGGUAUAUGGCACCAACACUGCGUGCCCUGGCCAUUGUCCACACCAUCAUCUCUCUGGUCUGUGUGGUGGGCUAUUACUGCCUGAAGGUGCCUCUGGUGGUAUUCAAAAGGGAGAAAGAAAUUGCCAGGAAGCUAGAGUUUGAUGGUCUAUAUAUCACCGAACAGCCAUCUGAAGAUGACAUCAAGGGACAGUGGGACCGUUUGGUGAUCAACACACCAUCUUUUCCUAGUAACUACUGGGACAAGUUUGUGAAGAGAAAGGUGAUCAACAAGUAUGGAGAUCUCUAUGGAGCAGAGCGCAUUGCUGAACUCCUGGGUUUGGACAAAAAUGCCCUUGACUUUAGCCCAGUAGAAGAGACCAAAGCAGAGGCGGCAUCUCUAGUGUCAUGGCUAAGUUCCAUCGACAUGAAGUACCAUAUUUGGAAGCUGGGGGUGGUUUUCACUGACAACUCCUUUCUCUACCUUGCCUGGUACACAACCAUGUCCAUCCUGGGCCACUACAACAACUUCUUCUUUGCUGCUCAUCUGUUGGAUAUUGCAAUGGGCUUUAAGACCUUGAGGACGAUCCUGUCAUCUGUAACUCACAAUGGCAAACAGCUGGUUCUGACUGUUGGCCUCCUGGCUGUUGUUGUUUACCUCUAUACUGUGGUGGCUUUCAACUUCUUCCGCAAGUUCUAUAACAAAAGUGAAGAUGACGAUGAGCCGGAUAUGAAGUGUGAUGACAUGAUGACAUGCUACCUCUUCCACAUGUACGUGGGAGUGAGAGCGGGUGGCGGCAUCGGUGAUGAAAUUGAAGACCCUGCUGGUGACCCUUAUGAAAUGUAUCGAAUCGUUUUUGACAUUACCUUCUUCUUCUUUGUAAUUGUCAUCUUGCUGGCCAUCAUUCAAGGUCUGAUUAUUGAUGCUUUUGGAGAGCUGAGAGACCAGCAGGAACAAGUACGUGAAGACAUGGAGACUAAAUGCUUCAUCUGUGGCAUUGGCAAUGACUACUUUGACACAACCCCUCAUGGUUUUGAAACACAUACGCUGCAAGAGCACAACCUAGCCAAUUAUCUAUUCUUUCUGAUGUAUCUGAUUAACAAGGAUGAAACAGAACACACGGGUCAGGAAUCUUACGUGUGGAAGAUGUACCAGGAAAGGUGUUGGGACUUCUUCCCAGCUGGCGACUGCUUUCGUAAGCAAUACGAAGAUCAACUCGGGUAAAUCUGAGUUCAAGACGAGCCAUGAUUCUGGACAGUCACCUUCUAAUCAACAGAAUCCUUCCUUGACACUGCAUUAAAAAAAUCUAUUAUUUGGAAAUUGAUUUGGCAUUAGUACCCAAUGGACAAAGAAUGGCAAACCACCAAGGACUCCACCUGACUGCUCGCAGGGCUCCCAGUUCUAAGAGCAACUAGUUUCUUGGAAAGGUUCAGAGAAAUGUGAAGUCUUGAACACCUAAAGGUCGUGCAAGAGGACCCCUGCCAGGGGCCGAUGGGCAAAAACUACACAAAAUCAUGUUCAACUCAUGUUAACUGCGGUCUAAUUUUUCCAUGGUACUUGCUAGUGACUGUACCAGAAUCAGCUCGAAAAGCUUUAAGCAGCUAAAGAAAUAGGAAACAAACACUUUGUCGAAACUGAAAUAUCGAUUAAGUGCCUUAAAAAUCUCUUUAGAUAUAGCUAUGCAAGUUUUUUAUGUUUGUGUUCCCGAAGGACAACUCCAUUAAACAGCUGUGCUGAUAUUGUCUUACUUUAUGAAACUGCACUUGAAGGUUAUUCACGUAUUUUCUUCGGUGACAGCUUCACAACUGCUGUUAUUUGAAGAAAGGCACUGUACUGAAAUUUCAGAAAAAUCUCAAUCUUAUACCAAACCUGAGUGAUGCUUUAUGGUUCUGUGUAAGUAGUGGAGCUGCCAUGUUUUAGGUCAAUCUCCUCCAAUAAAAUGAAGUGCCCACUGCAAUAAAGUAACACAUGCCA